AUGCCCAAGGGCCACGGGGACAAAGCAGAGGUCUGCAACUUCUACUUAGAGCUCUCACGGGCUGCCACAGACCUUGUCCCGUUUUCUGAGCGCCGGGCACACCUCGGCGACACCCGAGAGCUAGGACCGCGCUUUAGAUGCCUCUUUCCCCAGCUCGGGCCCUCAGCUCCGCCUUCCUGGCCUCCUCGAUUUCCUGAGACCACCCCCCCUCAGUUGCCACCUCAGCCACGUCCUCUCCGCAGCCGCCGCUCAAAGGCGCCGUCUAGCCCCGUAAGCCCGCCAGCCUCGCCCCCAUCAGUCUCCCCGCGACCCCCAGGCCGCAUCCCACCCUCGCGCCCCAGUACACCAGCACCAACCCCGGCUCGGGUCUCCGGUCAGGAGAACCGCUACGAGAACUCACCUGAACCUCGGCCGCCGCGCGCCGCCGGUACCCGGCCGGCUCCCCGCCCGGACGACCUCCAGCCCGCCCGCUGCUCCAGGCCGCCCCGCCCCGCCGCGCCGCGCCGCGCCUCGCCCGCCGCUCCCCCGCGCGCUCCCACUUCCGGGUUCCGGAGGGGUCGAGGGGCGGGGCUCCAGCGCGCCAGGAAGGCGGGACGCCUCUAG